AUGAUUAAGCAUCACUAUUAUAAACUUACCUCUCUUUCUCUUGCCCUCAGGUACAUCCAUGCCCUCUACCUGGGCGCCCAGAGUCGUUGGCACAGCAACGGGCCCCGUCGCCACUUCCACUGGCGGCUGAUGUUUGAGAGCGCUGACAUCACUAUGCUCCGCCUCCUAGAAGCCUUCCUGAAGUCAGCUCCGCAACUCGUCCUCCAGCUGAGCAUCAUGAUCCACGGCAACACCGUCCUCCCUCUGCAGGGUCUCUCUGCCUCUGCCUCCCUGGUCUCUCUGGCCUGGAUGAUUGCCUCCUACCAGAAGGUUCUGCGGGACUCCCGCGACGACAAGCUGCCCAUGUCCUACAAGGCUGUGAUCACCCAGAUGCUGUGGCACUUCUUCACCAUUGGGGCGAGGACCGUGGCCUUUGCCCUCUUCGCCUCCGUCUUCCAGCUCUAUUUCGGCAUAUUCAUCGUCAGCCACUGGUGUGUCAUGACCUUCUGGAUCAUCCAAGGAGAGACUGACUUCUGCAUGUCCAAGUGGGAGGAAAUCAUCUACAACAUGGUGGUGGGCAUCAUUUACAUCUUCUGCUGGUUCAAUGUCAAGGAAGGUCCGAGCCGUUUCCGUAUGACCGUCUACUACUCUGUGACGCUGGCUGAGAAUGUGGCACUGACCGCCGCCUGGUACACCUACCGUGGCCCGCACACCUCCGACUCAUACGCCUUGGUGGUGGUGUGCCUGGUAGCCUGCAGCUUUGCCCUGGGAACCUUCUUCAUGUUGGUGUACUACUGCUGGCUGCACCCUGACGGGCCUGUUCUGGGCUCACAGUGGGGUGGGUGUGUGGACGAGGGCGUGGUGGGUGCAGGAGGGGUGGCAGGAGUGAUUGAUGCUUGUCUCACCCCAUCCCAAGGGUCCCAAACAGACAUGGUCAUUACCAGCCCUCCAAGGACUCUCCCCAGGACUAAAGACACGGGAGAGCCAGUUCCCGGGGAGCGAGACAAGGACAGAGACAGGGACAGUUGCCUGCCUGUCUUCCAAGUUCGUCCCUCCCCUUCCUCCUCUCCUGCACUCCUUCACAGGACCUCCUCUUCAUCCCGUGCACAGGAGGGCCCUGUGAUACGGAUCGACCUCCCAAGAAAGCGAUACCCGGCCUGGGAUGCGCACUUUAUCGAUCGGCGCCUCCGCAAGACCAUUCUGCUUCUGGAGACCACAUCAGCCGUCAGCCCCAGGAUACAGUACAGGAGUAGCAUGAUGGGCAGCAAAGAGGUAUUAGAAUAUGAGACAACUGUCUAAGCCAACAGGGGCUCUUAAACUUAAAUGUGCAGUCUGGGGCAAAGGCUCAGCCUGAGAUCAGUUCUCAUCCCAGGACUACCUACGCCAGGAGAAGAAUGGAAAGGAGACACAGAGUGUCAGGCAACUCAACUCUAAGAGUUGUCAAAACUUGAUUGUAAAAUGUAAAGCGCAAUCUGGGACCAAGGCUCUCCCCUUAGGGCGCAGUCCAGGAGUAAGUAGCAUGAAUGAGCCGUGGGAAGUAAAUGGAGUAACACUGAACUGGGAUAAUCUUCAUCUUUUCUAAAAGCUUGGAGGUGAGAAAUUUAAUCUCUCAUCCUGGGACCAAGGAGUGUUAGAUUUAGUUUCAUCCUGCACGGUCAGAACAAGAAGUAAAGGGAUUGUGAGAGCAAUGAAGUGGCGGAGUUUGAGAUAAUUGAGAAAAAGUGCUGCAUGAACUUGAGCCUCGGACCCCGGAGACUCAACAGAGACUCACUAGGGAACUUUUAGAGACUGGUUACUAGAGUUCACAAAGGACAUGCAAUCAUUUUGGGUUGGUAGCAAAUUAGACAGUGACAUUAAAUAGGGACUCACCAUCUAAUAAAAAUCGCUUUAGUGAUUUACAGGUAAAAAGAUGCAGAGAUGUGUAGGUUAAAACUGGGCUAAAUUUGGUUGAAAAGUGAUGUCUAGUUAUGUUUAGAAAUCUAUGUUACAUAUGAUAGGUUAGAUAUGUUGUUUAAACAGCUUUUUAGAGUAUAUGUCAUAAUAUAUUUCAGUGAAGCAGGACAUAGCUACAGGAUGAAAUAUACUAAAAAU